AUAAAAGUCAUGAGCACAGUAUCUGCCUACUAGUAGUCAUUGUGUGGGAACAACAUCUCCGGCUAUGGGUCAGUUAUUUUUAUUUCUCACCGCUUUCUGCAUAUUUGCUGCCAUACAUUCUAAUGAAGUCAAUGGUAAAGUAAUUGUUACGAGAACAGAAGUACCAACCGAAGAGGAUGGCGAACCGGUACUAAUCAUACCCUUAGACGAACUUCUGAAAACCUAUGAUGUAAAUGCUACCGGUGUUGGCAAGCGGCAACUUGAUCUGAUACCUUUACCUGCAGGAACAGUAAUUGCGUAUGUGAUUUUCGCAACAUGCGAAUAUAUUUCAUUUUGGGCAAUGGAUAUCACUAUGAAAUUCAAAGAGGGUUGGCUGGAAACGCGGCAUUACACAGACCCAAACGAUAUUCCUGGUUGGUCAAAAAUUAGCCAAAAUCCAUGGUUUUCAUUCAGCGGUGUCCCGACGUUCACCAUCACGCUGGGUCCUUUCGACCCGUGUACCAAAUGUCACAUUGACAGUAAGCUACAGAGUAUUGAAGGGUUCCAGCGAUUGGGAAAUUUCACAAUAUCGACCGAUUGCCCAUGUGACCCGGGCAGCGGUCAAGGUGAUCCGCAUUAUGUAACCUUUGACAAGAACCAUCUAGAAUUUAAUGGUCCAUGCAGUUACGUUCUCACAGAGACCUGUGUUGCGUCUGACUUUGAUCUGAAAGUUAUUUCAACACACGGUGAAGUGAUCAGUCGAUUUGUAAACAACGAUGUCCGUCGUAUAGAGAGUGCGAAAGUAACCACUGGUGCGCACGUACUUGAUCUUAGAGACAAUGGAGUGAUAAUGUUGAAUGGAGUACUCGUCACAACUAGUGUACUUACGCAAGAUGCGCUUGUCGGUGUUCAGAUUGUCAGUAACGGCACAGACAUCAUUUUCUCCGCUUCUGGCAAGUGGUGGAUUGAAUGGUCCAAGAAUGCCCGUAACAACCGCAAUCGGUUGUUUGUUGGUAUCCACAAAGAUUCAGAUCUGAUAGGAAAAGUGUGUGGUAUGCUCGGUCAUAAGCAACCAGAGGAUUACGUACACAUUGAAGGAAAGCUCCCCUAUCUUCUGGCCAAUGGAUCGUUCACUGAUAACGCACAAGAAUUAGGCCAUAGCUGGGAAGUACCUGGCAGUUGUCCAUAGUACGGUAUUGAACAUCAGAGACACAUACUUCUAAAGAUUGUUGAUAUUAUGUAGAGAACAGAAAUGAUUUGCUUGAUGAUAUCUAUCGACUUAUGGGUGAUUUGAAUACAUUAAUUGUGCGACUAAUUUAUUUCAUGCCGUCGCGGGAAAUACACUUUCUCCUAAUAAUAACUUCAAAACAAUACUGAAUAUUAUGUAACAAUUGUUAUCGUGAAUCAAGUCGAAUGUUUGUAAACUCUUAGAGUAGUAGAUGUGUG